UCUCCUCCUCCCCUCAGCUCAGUUCAGUACAGUGUGCAGCCAGGCGCGCAGCUCAGCCAUGGAGCGCAGCAUGAGCCAUAUGGAUUACUUACACACGGAGCCGAAACAGGGCAAAAUGCAGCAGCAGCUGACCGAGGAGCGCUUCGACAGCGGCGUGGACUCGCUAAAAGAGGACGAAUGUUAUAACAAGAUCGUGGAGGAAAUGUGCAGCCUGGACGUGUCCUCUCCGCUGGACGAGAGCACUUUUACGCACGAAGUCUGGAAAGACGAAGUCACAGAAGACGGAGACACGUAUCUUCACCUUGCAGUCAUACAUGGGGCGGAAGAUUAUGCCAUCCAGAUCAUCAAGCAGUCAGUGAAGGACCCCUUUUUGAACAGGCAGAACAACCAGAGACAGACGGCACUUCACUUGGCUGUAAUCACAGAGCAGCCGCACGUCGUGGAGAGGCUCCUGAUGGCCGGCUGUGACCCCUGUUUGGUGGAUCAGAACGGAAACACAGCCCUCCACAUCGCGUGCAAGAGGGGCUCGAUGGCCUGCUUCUCUGUGCUCACGCAGAUCAACACACAGCACCUGAGAUCCGUACUCUCCUUCCCAAACUACAACGGACACACGUGUCUCCACAUUGCCUCAAUCUACAGCUACCUCUCCAUGGUGGAGAACCUUGUCCAGCUCGGAGCCGAUAUUAACGCAAAGGAGCAGUGUAGUGGCCGGACAUCCCUGCACCUGGCUGUGGACCUCCAGAACCUGGCUCUGGUGCACCAGCUAAUCGCCCUGGGUGCCGAUGCCAACAGCCUGACCUACGGCGGGUACACGCCGUACCACCUGACCCUCGGCCGGCAGAACAGAGACAUCCAGCAGCAUUUGUACGAGAGGACGGCACAAGAGCUGCGGACGCUGCCUGAAAGUGAGAGUGAGGAAAGCGAAGAGGAGAUGAUGUCUGAUGACGAAUAUAUGUAUGAUGACAUUCAGUUUGGUGGGAAGUGAAGUAAUGAAGCCAGAACCACAUUUCUCAUGAAGCGAAGUGAACGGCAGCUAACACUCGUAUGUAAGGCCGCUAGGAAGGGACACAACCUUCCGAAAGCCUGCUGGGACCGAAGCACGUGCCGCAGGGAUGACCGGGCCGGAGACACGAGACUGAAAACAAAAACAGCAUCCAGCACCCAGGGGAUUAGGGGAAGCAUCUCCUUAUGAACCCCCUACAAUAAAGUAUAUGGACAGCAAGUGUAUCAUAUUGUAAAAAAGAAAACAAAGAGAGAUUUAUUUUUAUACAAUGUAAAUACUAAAUAUGACACUAUUGUAAAUCAUGUUUAUUUCUGUGUAUGACCACCAAAAACGAUGUUAAAUUAAA